AUGUAUUUGCCCUCCUGGGGCCUGGCUUUGGCCUGGCUUCCCUUGGUCUUUGCUUCGGUGCCACAAAACCGCAGCUGCCACGAAGACGCCGCUCCUCUGUUGCAGGUGCGCAGCAAGCAAUCGGUGUUUUCUGGAGACGGCAGCGAGCAGCUCCUCCUGUUCUUGCAGACCAAUGCGACUCACUGUGCCGAGAGCCUCCCAUACUCCCAGGAUGCCUCGCUCUUUUCGAAGAGUUCAGAAGCCGGCAUCAACCUGGGCUUGAAGGACGUUCGGCACAGGGUCUGGGUGCAAGAGCUCUUCGUCGGCGAUGACCCAGAGCCUGCCGUCACCCUAAAAUGGAAGUUCACACGACGGAAGACGUUGCAAGAGCGCCUGACUACUGCGUCCCGCGUGGGAGAGUCCGUGAAGUGGACUCUCGAUCCUCCGUGCCCCAACAGACGAUCGACGAAAACGGGUGUCUGGUGGUUCUCCAGCAACGCAGGACUUGGGCGCUUCGGCUUCAACUUUUCGGGCUCGGGCUCCGAUUUCUCCGCUGACGACGGCGCUUGGGGAGCCGGCUUUGGGACCGUGGACGGCACGGGCGACAUGCCGGAGGACUUCAGCGGGCAGGCGAAUCGAUGCGCCGAUCGGGAUGACAUGACUUGUGGCUUUAUCUUCCACUGCGGCAGCUUGGUGGACAGCAGGGCAGUUGGGAGGAGCCGAAUCUACAUGUCUGUUCCGACGACUGAAGUCUCCUUGGCCGAGUCCGAGCCCAGUUUGGCGCAACUCGGGGAGUCGCCCGGACACUGGUCGGACUGUCGAGGGAAGAGCUGCGUGUCGAUGGCCGAGCUCGACACCGUGCAGCGUCGCUACCGUUUUCAGUCCCUGGAGCGGGCCCAGGCACAGAUCAGUUUGGGGACCACGGUCGGGAAGCGUGGUCACCGCCGCCGGCGUGGCCUUGGGGGGCGCAGACGACGAGGAUGGGGCCGCCGUCGUCGAAGAGGCCUCCCGGCCGUCGAGAAAGCGGUCCAGGAAUCUGCCGACCGUGUUGAAGAAGCUGCCGAAGACAUUCAAGACGCCACGGAAGAAGCGGUCCAGGAGGGCAUCGACGUGGUGACGGAGGAUCUGCCUGAUGCGAUGGAGGACGCGGUCAACGAUGUGGGAGUGACAUUGCCGGAGUUGGUGGACACCGUGGUCGACACCGUGGUAGAAGCGGCGGAGGGUGCGGUAGACGUUGUGGCCGAUGCUGCCCGGGAUGGCGUUCGCCAGGGCUCCAAGCUGGCCAACGAGGUGACCCGGACCAUCGUGAACGCCGUGGACAGGCUAGGUGAUUUGGCUGAGGCCUGGGGGGUGAUGGCCCUUGGUUAUUUGGAGGAUGCCUGGGCCCAGAUUGCGGACUUCUUGGCCUGUCUCGAGCAGGUUUUUGAUCUCACAUGCAGACUCCUCCUGUCCGACAACUGCGACUGCGACAGCACCCCCAAGAGCGACAUCAGCGUGUCCGGGAGCAACCUGAGGGUUGUCUGCGUGGUGAAAGGGGACCUCCUGACGGCCAACUUCGGCUGGGAAGCCUCGGCCUCGGCGAGCUUCGAGCCCUCCUCGCGGGCCAGCGGCGGCAAGGUCCAGAUCCCAGGCCAGGAGACCAACUCAACUCACCGUCGUCGAAGAGGAGUUGCGGGCCGGAAUGGCUUCAUCGAUGCGUCAACACCAUCCGGGUCGCUCCGGAGUCAGGAGGUGUCACGUAAUUCUGGCGGAACUUCAUCAAGAAGCGCCAGGACUUCCUCCAGCUCUGGCGGCACAACCGAAUACGAGGACAAGUGCGAGGGUCAAACCGGUCUCGCCCUGAACGGAGAGAUCGGCAUACAAAGCAUCAUCGUCGAAGGCAAUGUGGACCUGUUGUCGGGAGAGACCACGGUGGAUGUGACAGUGGAAACGGGCCUGGUGCUGGAGGCAUUGCUCGAAGGCCAGGGUGCUUGCUCCUUCACGGCCGCACGGCGCUUCCCCAAAAAGCCCUACGUGAAGACUGUCUGUGGAACCUACGGCUGCCUCAUAGUGAUGGUCCAGGGCGUUGCGGAGGCCGAUGCCUUCGGUUCCCUCACGGGGGCCGUCGCCACCAAGCUGGAGGCAACUUUAAAGAGCGGUGCCAGCUUCGCGGUUGACCCGGUCUCCGGGAAGGUGACCGGCUCAGCGAGGGGUGCGGAUUUCAGCCGCAAGGCGGGCGUUGACGUCGCCGUGUCUGCAGAUGCGGUUGUCCGCUUCGGACUGGGUCCCGAGGUGGUGAUUUGGUUGAUCCCCGGUGUGCCGGUGACCAUCAACCCCCGCGUGAGCCUCGAGAUCCGCGCCGCGGGAACGAUUACCUACAGCACGCAGACGGCCUCGGGCAGUCUGAUCCAAAGUGGGGGCAGCCUGGAGUCUGGGGUCUCCCUGGUCACGAAGACAAACCACAGUCGCAGUGCUAACGAUGUGGAUGCCUGCGUCGCAGUGGGUCUCAACCUCCUCGCAACUGCCGACCUGUCCGCAUUGGGCAUUCCGGACCAGAUCGCGGUCUCUCUGGACACGCAAUUCCUACAGGAUGCCAUCGAAGAAGCCAUCCGAGCCGUGGCGGCGGCCGCCAGCCGACUUCUCACAUCCGGCCUUUCGUGCUUCAGUUCCCUUGCUGCUGACAGAGUUCAGUCGGUCAUCGACGAAGCCACUGAGGUGGCCGUAGAUGCCUGGGACGCGCUCAUUCCGGACCUCAACUUCGACUGGGAGUCGCCGUCCAUCCGCUUCCUCACGCAACAGCAAUGCUGGGAGGUGGCGCAAAGCGCUAAAGGAACUACGGAUGCCUGCAAACAGCGGAUCUCCUGCUCGGCUGAGGGCCAGUCCUCAGACCCGAGCCCUUCCUACAGCGUGGCCUCCUUCGAGAAAGACCAGUCCAAGGUCCUGGCACCGGAGUCCUACGAGACAUUGGUCUACCAGCCGGACUUUACUGUGCAGACCGACUUCUGCGGGUUCAUCAACUACGGCGACCGUGUUGUGCUCUCUUUGAAUCCGGACAUCUUCGAUUCCACCUGCGGGCAGUACGGCUGCGCGGUUGGCUAUGUUGACACGCUGGAGCACGGAAGAAUGAAGUUUGCAGAGGGUGGAGACGAGCCGGAUGCCUUCUAUGUCUACGGCACGGAGCAGGUGAAGCCCGGUGAGUGCGUAAAGUACGGCGAUGAAGUCGUGCUAUCCUGGAGUGAAGCCUCGAGUGAGGGCUGCGUUCCGGGGUCGCUCUCGCACUGCGUGGAGUCGGAGAAUUGCGAGGUCUUUUCCAACGAGAACAUGAAGGAUGAGAGCCUGACUUUCGCGCAGCGCCGGGCUCUCUGCGCAACGGCUUGCUUCGGAAGCCUCCGGGGCCUAGCCCUGGACUUCAGCGCCGAGGGCGUCUGCCGCUGCUCCCGCGAGGCCGAGCUGCCUCAGGACUCUGCGACAUCAAGCUUCUGCACUCGACCUGCCCAAUCCGUCGAGUGCAUCGCUGGGCAAGCUGAGGCGCCCUACAUCUUUGAGAGGAGCUACCUUACCCAGGCCGCAUGUGCCGGCGCUUGCUUCGGUGCCGGUGGGUAUGCCUUCGACUUCACGUUGACGCCGAGAAAAGACAGUUGCCGCUGCGUGGGCAAAGGAGAGGCGCUGGUGGACGCUGGAACCUUCGGCCGCCGUUACUGCACCCGGGCACAAGAGAUCUUCCAGGUCUUCGACUCCGGUCGAUGCGAAAGCUUUGGAUGGAGUUCCGUGUCAACUGCGACGCAAUGCGCAAGAGCAGCGCGAUUCGUGAGCUGGCCGUGCAGAAACGAUUGCCAGGCAAUCGAUGGCGGUGGCAUCAAUCCCGUGGGUUGCAUCGGCAACCAGGAAGAUGGCCUGCAAUGGAACUUCCGGACAACCGGCGCUCCUGCUGGGGACGGCUUCAGCCAGGUGUGCUACCGGACCGCAAGAGAGACUUUCAAGCAAUUUGCCAAUGGAUCUUCAUGCGUGGAACAGGGGUGGAGCAUCGUGCAGGAUGCGGAGCAGUGCGCCAGGGCUGCCAACGCCUUGGGCCUAAGGUGCAGGGGCAAGGAGGCCAACACUCCACGAUGCGAGAGCGAGCCUGCGUCGGACCCGACCCUCCCAGCAGGUUGCUAUGGAGAUGAUGGGUUCCUAGAGUUCAACCCUUACCUCGACAGCAACGUGUCUUUCGUUGGCCAGACGAGCAGCGUUGGCUACGUCUGCGUCAGAGUCCUGGAAAGCGAGGAGUAUGACGUUCCACGCGUGUGUGCUGACGGCCAGCUGCAGGCUGGGGGCCCUUUCCUCUUCCAGAGGAAGAUGGGAAGGACCGACGCAGCUGAGAUGUCAUGUGCUGCAGCCUGCUUUGCGAGCGGGGGUGUGGCUUUUGACAUCGCCUUCGCAAACACCCGCGACAGCUGUCGCUGCGUGGGCACCGCGGGCGCGCAGAGCCCAUCGGACGAUCCGGGCAAUGGCAAGAAGCGACGCUACUGCGCUAAGCCCGCACCUUCUGCAAGCUGCGGAGCUGGAGAGGCUCCAAAUGUGCUCGCGGAAGAUCUUCUCUUCGAAACGAGCUGGACUGACGAGAAGCUUUGUGCUGGAGCUUGCUAUGCUGCAGCGUCUGACCCAAGCCUCGUGGCCUUCCAGGUCGAUUCAGAGGAGAGUGAAAGCUCUUGCCGAUGCUUUUAUCACAAGAAUCAGGCUCCGGUCGUGGGGCAUCCGACCAGGCAGUACUGUUCCUUCCCCGAAGCUCAGAGAGUGUCGCUACUGCAGAUCGAGAGCGAGAACACGGCUGCAACGACGAAUCUCGUCGAGCAGACUGCGCAGGCGCAGGAAGACAUCCCACGUGCCUGCUCUGCAGGGCAGACGCAGCCUUAUGGCCCUUACCUGUUCCUCCGCGAGUUGAACAACGAGAAAGACUGCGCGGGGGCCUGCUUCACAGCGGGUGGUGUAGCCUUCGACUACACCUUGAAGCUGAAAUCCGACAGCUGCCGCUGCGUGGGCCUGGAAGGCGCCAAGAACCCCCGCAGCAACACGGGCGGGGACAAAAGGAUCUACUGUGCAAAGCCUCAGGGGAGCUCCUGUCGGCUUGGGGAAGUGCCGGAAAGCCCGGACACGGUUCUGUUUGUAGCCAAGUUUCCCACUGAAGCAGCCUGCGGUGCGUUCUGCUGGGCCGCCGGAGGCAUCGCCUCGCAGACGGGGCGCGUGGUCUUUGACUACACCACCCAAGUCCGAAAAGACAGCUGCCGCUGCGUGAUGCCGGGGCAAGCACUGACAAGACGGCCAGGAGGUGGAAGACGCAUGCUUUGCAGAUUCAAUGACGUGUUGUCGCCAUUUUGCGGCGCGAGUGGCUGCAGUGUCGGCUACGACGGUGAUUUCAUGCAAUUCAACCGUGGAUCAGAUGUCUCGUUCCAACCACGGUUCUUCCUGCGGGCACCGGCUGGACUCAGCAAGGACGGCACCUGCGUCUACUUCGGCGACAGAGUUGCCAUCGCCGCAUCUGCAGAUCCAGCCGAGACGGACUGUGGCUGGUACGGGUGUAAGGUGGCCAGCGUCACCGAGGAGGGCGAGAUGGCCUUCCAGGAAGGAGGCGAAAGCCCAACGCUUUUUUACCUGCGCCCAGCUCUGGCAGAGUCGGGCUCCUACGACGAUCCAUCCAGAGACUCCCAGCUCUGA